AUGCCGUUUUUCAAGAGUGCAAAAAUGAGCUUGACAAUGCAACGAAGUCCACAAGGAACCCAGCUCUUGGAACGGUGCUUAAACGGCUUCACUCCCACACGGGAAUCAGAGGAAGCGCCAGACUGGGUUUUAAGCCUGGACCGCAGUUCGAAGAGGAGACAAGUGAAGCCUUUGGCAGCUUCGCUGCUGGAAGCUUUAGAUUAUGAUAGCUCUGAUGACAGUGAUUUUAAAGUUGGAGAUGCCUCAGAUUCUGAAGGAAGUGGUCACGGGAGUGAAGAUGCAUCAAAGGACAGUGGUGAAGGUUCCUGUACUGAAUCAGAAGAAAAUGUCUUGGAGGAGGAACUAGCAGAAGUGAAAGUGGAAGAGCAACAGCCAAAAAGCUCCGCUGAAGAAGAGGUGCCAACAGCAGACAAAGAGGUAAUUAAAACUGAAAAGAAAGAGCAAGAAGAUGAAGAAGAAAAGCCAAAAAAGAAGAAAGAGAAAGAGAAAGCAGCUGAACCUGAUGCUGUGGCUGAUGAGCAAACAAAUGAACCAAAAAAAUGGAAUUUGCGCAGGAACCGACCUUUGUUGGAUUUUGUAUCGAUGGAAGAACUAAAUGAUAUGGAUGACUAUGAUAGUGAAGACGACAAUGACUGGCGGCCUACUGCCGAGAAAAAAAAAGGAAAAAACGCACUGCGAAAAGAGGGCAGUGAUGGAGAUAAUGAGGAUGAUGAAGAUGAUGGGAGUGGAAGUGAUGAGGAUGACAAUGAUGAGGAAGGUAAUGAAGAAGAUAAUAGCAGCACGGCUAGUGAUGGAGGAUCCAAGAAGAAGAAGAGUAAAGUUCUUAACAGGAAUAAUGCAGAUGAUGAGGAAUUGACAAAUGAUAGCCUGGCUCUUUCACAAAGCAAGAGUAAUGAGGACUCAUUGAUCCUUGAGAAGUCUCAAAAUUGGAGUUCCCAGAAAAUGGACCAUAUUUUGAUUUGUUGCGUUUGUCUUGGAGAUAACAGUGAAGAUGCUGAUGAAAUUAUCCAGUGUGACAACUGUGGCAUAACAGUGCAUGAAGGUUGCUAUGGUGUUGAUGGAGAGAGUGACUCUAUCAUGAGCUCAGCUUCAGAAAAUUCCACGGAACCUUGGUUUUGUGAUGCAUGCAAAUGUGGUGUCACACCCAGUUGUGAACUGUGUCCUAACCAGGAUGGGAUCUUCAAGGAGACUGAUGCAGGCAGGUGGGUCCAUAUUGUUUGUGCCCUCUAUGUUCCAGGAGUGGCAUUUGGAGAUAUUGACAAACUGCGGCCAGUAACGCUUACUGAAAUGAAUUAUUCAAAGUACGGUGCCAAGGAAUGCAGUUUCUGUGAAGAUCCUCGUUUUGCCAGGACUGGUGUAUGCAUUAGUUGUGAUGCUGGGAUGUGCAGAGCUUACUUCCAUGUGACGUGCGCUCAGAAGGAAGGCCUCCUCUCAGAAGCAGCAGCAGAAGAGGAUAUAGCUGACCCUUUUUUUGCUUAUUGUAAACAGCACGCAGACAGGUUAGACAGAAAAUGGAAGCGGAAGAACUACUUGGCAUUACAGUCUUACUGUAAAAUGUCCUUGCAGGAGAGAGAAAAACAGCUCUCACCAGAAGCUCAGGCUCGAAUCAAUGCCAGGCUACAGCAGUAUCGUGCCAAGGCGGAGCUGGCCCGCACCACCAGGCCUCAGGCUUGGGUUCCCAGGGAGAAGCUACCACGACCACUUACUAGCAGUGCUUCAGCCAUACGUAAGCUUAUGCGCAAAGCUGAGUUAAUGGGAAUUAGUACAGACAUUUUUCCAGUGGAUACUUCAGAUACUAGUUCCAGUGUUGAUGGAAGAAGAAAACAUAAACAACCAGCUCUCACUGCUGAUUUUGUGAAUUAUUACCUUGAGAGAAAUAUGCGCAUGAUUCAAAUCCAGGAGAAUAUGGCUGAACAGAAGAAUAUCAAGGAUAAAUUAGAAAAUGAGCAAGAAAAACUUCAUGUGGAGUAUAAUAAGCUGUGUGAGUCCUUGGAAGAGCUACAAAAUAUGAAUGGGAAACUGCGAAAUGAAGGGCAAGGCAUUUGGGCUCUGCUGGGUAGAAUCAUUGGACAGAAAUUGAACAUACCAGCAAUUUUACGUGCUCCUAAGGAAAGGAAACCAAGUAAAAAGGAAGGAGGAACGCAAAAGACGUCUAUACUUCCAGCUGUACUUUAUAGUUGUGGAAUUUGCAAGAAGAACCAUGAUCAACACCUACUGCUACUGUGUGAUACUUGUAAACUCCAUUACCAUCUUGGUUGCCUGGAUCCGCCUCUUACAAGGAUGCCAAGGAAGACCAAGAACAGUUACUGGCAAUGCUCAGAGUGUGACCAGGCAGGUAGCAGUGACAUGGAGGCUGAUAUCGCCAUGGAAACCUUACCAGAUGGGACCAAACGAUCAAGGAGACAGAUUAAGGAACCAGUGAAAUUUGUUCCUCAGGAUGUGCCACCAGAACCGAAGAAAAUUCCAAUCAGAAACACGAGAACUAGAGGACGAAAACGAAGCUUUGUGCCUGAAGAAGAAAAACCUGAGGAAAGGCUUCCCAGAGAAAGAAGACAGCGACAGUCUGUUCUACAAAAGAAGCCCAAGUCAGAGGAUUUAAGGACUGAAUGUGCUACCUGUAAAGGGACUGGAGACAACGAAAAUCUAGUCAGGUGUGAUGAAUGCAGACUUUGCUACCAUUUUGGCUGUCUAGACCCUCCCUUGAAAAAGUCUCCUAAACAGACUGGCUAUGGAUGGAUUUGUCAGGAAUGUGACUCUACAUCCUCCAAAGAAGAUGAAAAUGAAGCUGAGGCAGAAAAUCCAUCUCAGGACCUGAAUUUGGAACAGAAAAUCAAAAAAAUAGAAGAUUGCUUUCUUGUUUGAAAUAUUUGCAAGUUGUGUAACAGUGAUUAUAGUUUCUCAUUGUAA